AUGCGAGUGCUUCUCGCUUUAUUCACUAUCAGCCAAAUCACUAUAGCGCAAAAGGUUGGAAUCAAUGUUCCAUGUAACAGAGAACUUGAUGGUUUAUUAACAACAGAUCCUGACGGCGAUGAACGAGCUUUCAUGAGUUGUCAAAGUGUAGGAGUUGGUAAUAUUGGUUUCUGGGAGCGAAAAUUGUGUCCAAACAAUAUGGUGUUCGAUUUCAUCAACCAACAGUGUAAAGAAUUGAAGAAAAAAGCGCGCAAACAGCAAACAUUGAGUAUCGCAAUCCUUAAUAACAGUUGCGCUAAUGGAGAAACUUGCAUUGGUGGAUCUGUGUGUGAUCUUGAUUCUCUAAGAUGUAUGUGUCCAUAUGGAACGAUUCCAAAAUUGGAUACACUAUCAUGUGAAUCAAAUCAGCCAGCAUUCGUUUCCGCAACAGUUGAUGGGCCACCUCAAUUUUUCAAUAAUUUUGGAUCGUCUACUAAUCGAAUGAAUCCGUUUGGUCAAAUUGAUGGCCCAGAAUUUAAACCAAACACUAACGCGUACAACGGUAACAACAAUAAUUUCAACUGGAAUCCAAACAAUUUUAACUGGAAUGGAAAUAAGCAACAACCUCCAAUGAACAAUGUGAACCCUGGUAGGUGUGGAAACUCCGACUUCUCAAACGCUUUCAAGCCAAACCCAAAUCAACAAUUCGUGUUCAACUUCAACAAAAACACAAGUCCUAAAGCAAAUACGAAUGAGCCGACAAAUAAAGUCACGACAUUAGCUUUUCCGGGCGGCUCCUGUAAGAACAACGAGCUAUGUGUUGGUGGAUCAAUUUGCACGUUACCUAUUGGCAUUUGUCUGUGCCCGGGAGAUUUAGAAUCACGAGAUGGAGAAUGCGUACUGCCUGCUGCUUCGACUAUCGCGGUUUCUAAGGUUGGAAUUGGAGCUUUGUGCUCUGAUCUUGCUGAGUGUGAUCAUGGAAGUACUUGUGUUAUGGGUCGCUGUACCUGCGUAUCUCCAUUGGUUCAACAUGAAGGAAAAUGUGUUCUUCGUCAACAGCAGAAACUUGUCGGACCUGGUGAGCUAUGCGAUAAUGGCGAAAUUUGUGGCAAGGGAAGUGUGUGCGACGUAAUGAUUCCUGUAUGUGUGUGUCCAGCUCACACCGAUCUCAAUAACGGCGAAUGCAUCUCAGUGACUGCUUCAGUCACGCAACCCGUGAUGACAAUGCCACCGCCUGUAACUGCGCCACCAACGACCGUUCAGACAAGACCACCAUCCCCAUCUCCAACACAAGCGCCAACAAUGCCUCCAAUGAUUUAUCAAACGUUCCAAACUACACCGCCACCAAUGCGACAAACAUAUGCCACAGCUCCACCACCAACUCCAUUUGUUCCAAAGAACAUUUACACAGCUCCACCGAUUCAGAAGCCAUCUGUGAAGAUUAACCAAAUGAAAAUAGGUGGAAGUAAACAAGCUGGUGUUGGUGUACGGUGCUCCUUGAAUACUGACUGUAUGAUUGGCGCAUAUUGCAAUGGCAACACAAAUCCACCAUCAUGCCAAUGCCUCUCAACCCAUGUGAAUAUUGAAGGCCGUUGCGAGAAGGUUAUUUACCCGGGUCAAGUUGGCUGCCGUAGUGAUCUCCAGUGUCACGCAGCUUACACCGGAACUCAUUGCAUUGAUCGAAUUUGUGUUUGCCCGGAUGGACAAAAGGCUGUGGAUCAGACAUGCAUUUCAGAAUCUUCCCUACCUAACCAGAAGUGUGGCUAUUCAAUCACUAAUCCAUGUCUCAACAAAAGUGUGUGCUUUCAAAACACGUGUGUCUGCACAGAUCGUUUUACCCUUAAUGAAUCCAACCUUGCUUGUGAACCUCUUCCCAAUUUUCAAUCCCAGUGCCUCCAAGCAUGCACCUACCCGAUGGAGUGUGUUCAAAGCUCGUGUGUAUGUCCCGAUAAUCGGGAUUGCAGAAGUAGAAAAUUACUUAAAAGGAGAGCUAGAUGUGAUCCUUUUGGUAACGAUUGUGGAACUGGAAAAUGUAUAGAAGGGGUAUGUCAAUGUCCAAAUGGAUACGACAAUGAUGGCAAAUGUCGGCAAAAUCAAUGUUCUGUAAAUGUCCACUGUGACAAAGGAUGCUACUGCAACAACGGCAGAUGUGUGUGCCAAAACGUAAAUGAGCGAAAAUGUCAAAGUACUCGAUCCUGUCCCGAGUUUCAUGUUUGUCAAAACGGAAUGUGCAAAUGCGAGUCCGAUGAGUACGACCUGAAUCGGAAUUGUUUGCCGGUAAUUCUCAACGGCGCAUUCAAGAACAUCAAUAGCCAAUGCGCUCCAAAGGAUCGAUGUUCGGGCGGUUCAAAAUGCAAAAACAAUCUUUGUCAGUGUGUUGACGGCAGCAUUGAAGUCUCCGGAAAAUGUAAACAAUUCCCAGGCGGUCAUUGCUCGAAUGGAGAGCUAUGUUCCGGCUCAAGCCAAUGUUCUCUUGGCAUUUGUCGAUGCGAUUCAUCUCGGAUUAUUGACAAUCAACGAUGUGUGCGCACUCAGGUAGCCAUCGGAUCAGCCUGUCGCCGCGGACAGGAUUGCAUGAAUGGAUCAGCUUGUCGCUUUGGAAUAUGCAUGUGCGUGUCAAAGACAAUUGCCGUGCUCGGGAGAUGUGUACCGAUUGCGGAUUCAAUGAGUCCAACAACAACUGCCCAGAUAACGACUGAAAUUUCGAAAUCGAUACAGGAAAAAAGCGGCAACAUUUGUGAAAUCGAAGGAAUAAAUGGUAUCGAACCCAGUUGUAAAGCCACAAAAGCAGCCAAACCGUCAAAAACAGUUCCUGGAAGUUUAUGUCGAACCACAUCGGAAUGUCCAUUUCGAACAAAGUGUGUCGAAGGUGUGUGUCGAUGCAAAAAAGGAGAAACCAUUGUCGAUUUGACAUGUCGCGCAGCAAUUCAUCAAAUCCUUCCUGGCUCAAUUUGCGAUCCACUUAACGGAUACGACUGCGUUGGAGAAGCACUUUGCAUUUAUGGUGUGUGUAAAUGUGGAAACCAAUUAGCAAGCGACGGAUCUAAAUGUGUACCCGAAUUCCAACUGCGACAAGUCGUUCCAGGAAAAUCGUGUCGAAACGGAGAAACUUGCGGUGGAGGAUCUUAUUGUUCCGUUGAGAAGAUUUGCAGAUGCGGAAAGGAUGAAGUACCAGAUGUUAAUAAAAAGUGCGUCCGAAAAACCAAUGUCGUUCCAGUUUUCAACAAAAUAAUCGCAUCGACAACCAUAUCGACAUCUACACCGCAAAUGACAACUUCCAUUGAUUAUACGAACUUUGUUCAAAAGUUGAACGAACUAGAAUAUUUGGAAAAAGAGUUCAAAAUGAAUGCUCUAACAACAACGGCUCCUACUCCGAGAAAAACGACUAGUAUUUUGGCCGGCCAUACUUGCAAAGAAAAUUCAGAAUGUCCACCAUUUUCCUUCUGUUUUUCAAAUGUUUGCAAUUGCAUGACUGGAUUCCGAGCUGCAUCAGGAUAUUGUGAGGCGGCAAUUCCUAUUGAUGGAGCAUGCAUUAGCUCGAAUCAAUGUGAAAACAAUUCGGAGUGCUUGUUGGGUAAAUGUACGUGUAUUCCUUCAAAAACGGUGGUUUGCAAGGAUGUCACGAUUGCUCAUCCUGGAGAAGAUUGCACAUCGAACAAGAAGAUCUGCAGUUUCAAUAGCUACUGCAGUUUGAUGAGCGGCGUUUGCGAAUGCCCCUCAGGAAUGGCAACAAUUGGAAGAAGUUGCGAGAAUACUUUUGAGUCGAUUGGAAAGGACUGCGUAACAUCACGUAACUGUCAAAAGUCCAGUUAUUGUGAUAACGGAUAUUGUGUUUGCAAAGAAGGAUAUUAUAUGGAAAAUGACAUCUGCCUCGUAUCAAAAGAUGAAGCUGACACUCCCAGUUUUCAAAUUCUUACGGAUCGUAAGAAUAUGGGUGAUAACACUCCACUUCAAGACAACAUGAAAUACGAGUUUAAAAGUGUUCAAGAAAUGACGAACGAUGGACUUUUUGAAACUACGUCAUGGCCGUCAGCAACGACCCAAUAUCCAUUCGCCAAGACGUUUCCAACAUUUCGAAGCUUUCCUAUUGCCUAUUCUUCAAAGACAGUGGCAGAAGAGGAAAUUAACGGUGGCUUAAAAUAUAAAAUAUCGUUUCCUGGAGAAUACUGUGGAAACGGAGAAGUCUGCUUAGGAAAUUCGGUGUGUCGCCAACAGUUUUGCCGAUGUCUCCAAGAUGUGUCAGCAGAAAACGGUAUAUGCCCUCCGCAAGUUGAUGAUCUUCGCUUGUUAGGGCUUCAACCAUUAAAAGACACCAUCAGAAAAGCGCCUGCAAAACCUUCACUGAGAUCGGAAUUGUUUCCGUUGGAAAACUGCCAAGAUAACGAAGAGGGUUGCGUAGGAAACUCGACAUGCCGAAGUGUUGGCGGGCUAGGGAGGAUAUGUCAAUGCCUCGAAGAUACAGUUCUCAUACAAAACGAAUGUAUAAUUAUUAGUGAAGACAUGAAGCUUGUUGCAAUCGAAGAAGUGUGUGAUGAAAACUCAAUUUGUAUGUCUGGAAGUGUUUGUAGAGAUAAUCUGUGCCAAUGUGAAAGCGGAAAGCAACAACUUCUGGGAAUAUGCGUACAAGCUUCAAAUCCGGGAGAAUCGUGUGACAACGGUGAAAUCUGUAUCAAUGGCUCGAUAUGUCUUCAAACCUUCUGCCAAUGCCCUUCUGGAACUCAUAUCGAUUCUGAAAACUGUGUAUUGGAUAGACUUGAUGAUGUCGAAAACGAAAAUGAAGAGGAUGACAUUUCUACACGUAAAAUUGUCAGAAGAGAACUCACUCAUAGCAAAUGUCUUUCAAAUAGUGAUUGCCAACCACACUUUGAGUGUGUGGACUUUGCCUGCGUAUGUGAUGAUAACACAGAAGUUUGCUUAUCCGAACUUUUCAUGGAUGCAGAAUAUAUAGAAGUUCCACCUGGAAGCGGAUGCCAAGAUGUCAGCCGGAAAUGCGGGAAUGAUUCAAUAUGUUUUAAAAAUUAUUGUGUGUGUAGUUAUGAGGAUAUGCCAAUAGAUGACCGAUGUGUGGCACGAGAUUGGAAUAUAGGCCUGGGUUGGAAUUGUAACAAUCAAACGAGAUGCCGCGAAGAUUUAACAUGCUUUGCCGGAAAAUGCACGUGCAAGUUUGGUGAUGUGAACUGUAAUUCAAGUGAGCCAGUUACUUCACCACCAGGAGGCUCAUGCUCAAAUCUUCGCGAAUGUACUGGCGGAUCGGUUUGCAGGGAAGGUUGGUGUAUCUGCCCAGAUCCAUCAAUGAUUGUAAGCAAAGGAAUUUGCAUCCAAUCUGGUCCAAAACCAACACUCCCACCCAAGGUGUAUCAAAGUACUCCUCCUACCGUUCAACUUCCACCACAGGUUCCACACCAGCCAAAAGUUACCAUAACCAAGGCACAACAAGUUAUCACUCCUCAGCCCCAUGGUAAGAAGAUUGCUCCUGGCGGUAAAUGUGGGCCACUUGACAGUUGUGUAGGUGGUUCGACGUGUAUUGAAGGCUUCUGUCUCUGUCCUGCCGGAUUACAGCCAAGCGCCACUGGGCGUUGUGAGCGUAUCACUACGCGUACAAUGACCACAACCACCACCACGAUGCGUACAAUCCCCAUGACGACGACAACGAGCGCCCCACCGAUCACAGGUACCACGCGUGUGUUCACCGUGUCUGAAAUGCUGACCACACGGCCUCCACCAGCCACGAUCGAAAUUCCAACGCAUGUCACUUUAACCAAAACCAGCAAUCAGCCGGGAACAAAGGACGACGAAUGUACGGCUAUUGGCUUGAUCUGUAAAGGAAAUACUGUUUGUCGCAACAAGUCAUGUCAAUGCCCUGACGGGUAUGUGCUUCAUCACGACGGUUGUGUGUCACCGGAAGAAGCUGAGAGGCGGAGAGCAAAGAAAGCACGGCACGAAGCUGCAACCGCUAGAGCAUUUGCGAGACCGAACGAAAGCUGUAGUGCUGAUCAAAUUUGCGUCGGAGGAAGUCGUUGUUCAUACAGAAAGGUCUGCGAAUGUCCUGAUGAGAAGCCAUUGCUUGCUGGUGGUCAAUGUGUAGCGAAGAAAGUUGUAGAAGUGGUUCCAGGAGCUACUUGCGAUGAAAGCAGUACAUGUAUAAGAGGAAGCCAAUGUGAAAAUGGAGUGUGCAGAUGUCAACCAGGAUAUGUCGCUGUGUCCGGAAAUUGUGUUGCUAUACCAAUGUCGACAACACCCAAAAUGAAAAUGAUUGCUAAACCUUUGGAAAGCUGCGAGAAUGGCGAAACAUGUGAUGGUGGAUCGAGCUGUGAUGAUGAUACUGGAAUUUGCAUGUGCCCACCUGGACAGAUUGUAUUCAAUGUUCAAUGUUUACCACCCCCAACUCAGCCACAAAUCAAUCAGAAACUAACAACGCCACCAAUUUCGACCACGUCUACAAGGACAGCAUUUGCAACGGAUUGUGAAAAAGACGAAAACUGCAGUGAAAACAAAAUCUGUGUUGUCGGAAAAUGCAAAUGCCGUCCAGGAUUCGUUGACAAUUCGGGAACAUGUGAACCGUUAGAAGACAUCGAUGCGGUUGAGAGGCCAAUUCCCGUCUCAUACGCAAAACACAAAGUAGCAACAUUAUCGGAACGCGUGCACCCAAAGGAAGAGAUGCAAAUUUCACGAAUUGAAGAGAAUACGCCAGAGCCGGCAACGCCGGCCAGACAAGAAACUCAAAAACCCAGAAUUGUCGGGCCACCAAUCCGCAGGCCAAAACCGAAAAAUAAGAGUAGCUCGGGAGGAAAUGGAGGAAGUGGUGGUGGUAGUGGAAACCGAGCAUACAAAACCGGAAGUGGAAAUGGAAACUGCCCUCCUGGAAAUGAGCCAACUCGGGAUGGAAAACGAACAAGAAUGCUUAAAUACGGUCAACCGUGCGAUCGCUAUCAGGACAAGUGUAUCAAUGGAGCAAAGUGUAUUGAUAAAGUAUGCAAAUGUGCUCCAGGAUAUUCAUUGGGAAAAAGCGGAUGGUGCGAAGGAUUCAUUUUACAGAAGGCAAUUGAAAAUGCUAGGCUAGAACAAGAAGCUAAAAUUACAAACCCACCAAAAGCAAAUCGGCCAAUUAUAAUAAUUAAAGAUAAGACAGAAGCUCCGACGCCAUCUCCACAGACUAAUCAAACCCAAUCAAUGCAAACGACACGUGCUCCAAUUUUGCAUUCACAUACUACAAAAAGACCAUCAACUACCAGAAAAGUUCCGAAAGUAGCAGCUGUCAGGUCUCGAUGUGACGCUGAAGAUAUUUGUUUGGGAGAGAGUGUGUGUAUCGAUGGAUUCUGCAGAUGCCCGGAAAACUAUAUCGAACAGAAUGGAGUCUGCAUUUCGAAGAAAAGCAAACAUAAGGUUGCAAAAGUUGGUCAAUCGUGUAAAAAUGGCGAAAUUUGCGCUGGAGGGUCAAUUUGUGAUAAUGAUCAGAAGAAAUGCAUUUGUGCUGCACAACACAUUGCAAUUAACGGAGUGUGUAAAUUGAAAACAGCACCAUCAUACAGCGCUCCAGGAGAAACCUGCAGUAUGAAAGAGCAAUGCACUGGCGGAUCGACAUGCUUUGAAGGAAUGUGUACAUGUGACGAUCAUCAUUUUGCGGAAGACGGUUAUUGUAGACCUAUUGAAGCUAGAAGUUCAAAAGUUCAUUUUGUGAAUGGCGCAGGACUUCGUUUUUCGUCUAAAGCAGUUCCGCAACGAUCACGAGCUCAAGCUUGUAAUGAAGCCGAAUGCAAACUUCCCCACUGUUUCUGCACUUAUUCGGGUAGACAGCCUCCUGGGGGAUUGCAUCCAAAAGAAACACCUCAGUUUGUGAUUCUUACGUUCGAUGAUGCUGUCAAUGGAAAGACAUUCCCAGAUUAUAAAGAUCUGUUUGAGCACGAUGUCAUCAAAAAUCCAAAUGGGUGUGACGUAAAAGCCACAUUCUUCAUUUCUCACGAAUGGACAAAUUAUGACGCCGUGAAUUGGCUUGUGCAAAAGAACAUGGAGAUUGCUUCAAACUCAAUCUCCCACAUGUCAUUGGAGCAUGAAGAUACGAAUAGAUGGUUGAAUGAAAUGGAUGGACAACGUAGGAUCUUAGCUAAAUUUGGGGGAGUUCCAGAGGAAUCAAUUAUUGGAAUUCGCGCUCCGCAACUUGCGCUUGGUGGAGACGAUCAAUUUGAAAUGAUGUCUGGAGCUGGAUUUGUUUGGGAUAACUCGAUGUCAGCAAAUCCAGGAAUCAAUGGAGAUCCGUACUGGCCGCAGACCUUAGACUAUGCGGUAUCAUGGCCAUGCUUUGAAAGUUCAUGUCCAAAAAGCUCCUUCAAUGGAGUAUGGACUAUUCCACUAAAUCAAUUCUAUGGAUCAUACAUGCCACAAAUCGAUAGCUUCCGGAGAUCUAGCAUGCUCAGAGCGGCGGUUGAUCUGAAUAAUACUGUCGAUGAAUUGGAAGAGAUCAUAAUGCGAAACUUCGAACGAAGCUAUUCUUCAAACCGAGCGCCAUACGUUUUGUCAUUAAACGCCGACUUUUUGCAACUUGGCGGAGAGAAAAAAGGAAUGAAAGCAUUGAAAAAAUUCAUGAAUUAUAUUUCGACGAAACGAGAUGUUUAUAUUGUAACAAUGAAACAAUUGAUUGAUUGGAUGCAACAUCCAGUGCCUCUUAAUCAAAUGCAACAGUCAAAAGCAGUCGAAUGUCCAAUUUCGUUCAACAGAAAUCCCGGACAAAGUUCAUACUGCGAGAAACCAAAUAAAUGUCUGUAUAGCACCCCGUCUUUAACUAGUCAAGAACAUCAAUUCCUAACCUGUCUCCCAUGCCCAACAAUGUAUCCGUGGGUUGAAAAUCCUGCAGGAGCAAUUGUCUAA